AUGGUGAGAGUUGUAUUUGAUACCUAUUUUGAAUCGACGCUUUCGAAUUCCCAGACACUAAGGGAUGGUUCUGAGAAGGAAGGAUCCCAACUUUCCCAUAAGGAUGAAGAUCUUUCUACCGAGGAGGUCCAAGAAGAGAAAUUUCCUUUGGUGCUGGCUGAAAUUGGGGAUAACCCUUCGGAACCAGCUUUAGAUGCCUCCACCCCUGUGCUAGAUUUGGAAGUCUCAACUUUAGGUUGUCGAGAUGAGGUAUUUCAAAUCGAGUCUUCUAGUUGGUUGGGGAAAAGGAAAAAAGGGGAAGAAAGAAAGUGCAUCUUCGUUGGUGGCUCCAAAAAGGAAAAAGGGGGAGAACUCACCGAGAAUACUAUUGGCAACUUGGCCAGCCCUACUCUUCCUUCCUCUAGUGAUCACGUGCCUAUUCCUCAUUCCCCCAUUUUUACUGGGAGCAGGACCAACUCAAAUCCUUUUGGAGGGGUUGGAAACAGGAUUCCCUUCAUUUGCGAGCCCAUUGUCGCAAUGUAUAUUCUCUUUAGUGUGGUUCCUAAUGAUGAGCUAAGUGGGCUUAAAGUUCAUUCUUUUUGCUUACAAUCUACUACCUAUAUCAAAGCUCUCAACGUCAAAGGGAAAGAACUAUUCAAACGGGAGACCGCCAACAACUUUGCUGAUGGUUUCAAGAAUUUUCAAAGGCAGGUUGAGAAACUAUUUUUCGAGUUGGAUUUUGAUUCCAUCUUGCCUGUCUUUCCAGAUGAGAGAGAAAAAGAAAAAUAUGUUGAGAUGUCUGCUAAGGAGAAAACCGAGCUCCUAACUAUUGAAACCAUUGAGCUCCCAAGGGAGGAGUAA